GUCCUGAUACAGCCUGGUCACUUCUGCUUCUACUCAGACAUCUUUCUGAUCAUCACGCCUGCACACACACACUCGUGUGCACUUUUUCUGUGACUGCCACCAUCACAGAAAACGUCACGACUCAUCGAUCCACCUGGAAGACGAGGGAAGCCCUACCAGAAGAACAACAACAAUCACCCUGCCUCCUCAGACAAGCCUCAGACGUCAGACCGUCCAUCAGCGCAGCCUAGGCCGACACCGCGGCGUCCCACAGAUUAAAAUGAAGAAGGUGCUCCAAAGCAGUGAGGCUCACACAGAGCAACAGCACGACAGCGAGGAGAUAGAGAGGGAGAAGGAGUGGCAGCGCAGUAGGGCUGAGAAGAAGCUGCUGGCCUUCUGGAUGUCCUUGUCUCACAGGACCUGGACCUUCUUCAGGCCCCGCGAGAGGCCGGGAUUCCAGCGCUCCACCUCAGCCGCCCGGCUGCUGAAGAGUGAGGCGUGAGGAGAGAAAGACGGGGGGCAUGUGCGUGGCUGGAGAGUGUGUGUGUGUCUGUGUGUGCGCGUGUGUGAUGGUCUGUCAGUAGCACAGUGUCAGAAGAGGCCUGGCAGACCUGCUGUCAAGUGGUCCUGUGUGAUUGUGUGAGUGUGUGUGUGUCCAUUCAAGUAGAUGAAAGUUUCCAUUCCUCUGGCUAGUCCACCAUUUGCAAAAGCACUUUGUGUUGCUGCCCUGCCAGUCCUGGAGUGACAGGUGAAGGGCAAAGCACUGUUUACUUCUUCUUUAAGCGUUGUUUUUCAUCACCUGUGUUUUUCAUCACCUGUGACUUAACGGCAAGCCUGGAUUUUUGUCACAAGAACUUAACAAUCUGGAAAAAGGAAAUCUUCUCUGUCCUGGUUGUAACUUCUUACUCUAAGUGGAUCGUUACAUUCUUUUCAAACUAGCCUUCACGGAUUCAGCUCGAAAGCUGAGUUUGUGGACUCUCCUCGCUAGAAACACUUCAGCUCGAGGCAGGGAUGGGUUAACAGGGAUCAGCCAUGGCGGUGACCCAUCUGGCUCUGGAGUUUCGUUUCCAGGGGAAGAAGCUAAGGGGCUUCAAGUGCAAACUAACCCGCUCAGCCCGCAGCUUCCUGCCAGAGAACUCGUGGAUCAUUGCAGCCCAAAUCCUGCUGCCUUACCUGGUGUCUGGUCUGGGAAUGGUGGCAGCAGGAAUAGUCAUGGAUGUUGUGCAACACUGGGAGGUGUUCAAGGAGAUCUCCGAGGUGUUUAUCUUGGUGCCAGCCCUCGUGGGUCUGAAGGGGAAUCUGGAAAUGACACUGGCAUCCAGACUGUCAACAGCAGCCAACACAGGGCAGAUGGAUGAGGCCCAGCAGCAGUGGAGGAUGGUGUUCUGUAAUCUGGCUCUCAUUCAGGUUCAGGCCACAGUGGUUGGUUUCCUGGCAGCAGUUGCAGCAGUAGGUCUUGGAGGUCUGACCAAGGGGAGAGUGGAUGUUACCCAGGCUGCUGUCCUGUGUGCCAGCAGUGUCACCACUGCUUUCAUUGCCGCACUGUCUCUAGGGUUAGUGAUGGUGGCAGUGAUCAUCGGCUCCAGGAAGGUGGGCAUCAACCCAGAUAACGUGGCCACGCCCAUCGCUGCCAGCCUGGGAGACCUCACCACUCUGUCUUUGCUCGCUGGGGUCAGCAGUCUCUUCUUCCUUUACAGAGACAUAUGGUACCUGCCCUCUGUGGUGUGUGGUUUCUUCCUGUUCCUCAUCCCUGUGUGGGUCAUUAUUGCUAGCCGCGCUCCUCAAAUCAGAGAGGUCCUAAAGUCAGGCUGGCAACCAGUCAUUUUGGCCAUGUCCAUCAGCAGUAUUGGUGGUUUGAUUCUGGAUAAAACUGUGAGCAAUCCAAACUUUGAGGGUAUGGCAGUGUUUACUCCAGUCAUCAACGGUGUAGGGGGAAAUCUGGUGGCCAUCCAGGCCAGCAGGAUGUCUACUUACCUCCACUACUGGAGUGUUCCCGGAGCUCUUCCGUUCAACAUGAGUGAGAAGUGUCCUGGACCCUGUGCUACCUUCUUCUCUUCAGAUGUGAACUCCAAAUCAGCCAGAGUCCUGGUCAGCCUUGUGGUCCCAGGUCACCUCCUCUUCCUGUACACCAUCCACCUCCUGCAGGGAGGGCACACUGCCAUGACACCAAUGUUCAUCAUGUGCUUCCUGCUUGCAGCUCUGCUUCAGGUGGGGAUUUUGCUCUAUGUGGCCAGCCUGAUGGUGCGCUGGCUGUGGCGCAGGGGCCUGGAUCCAGACAACUUCUCCAUCCCCUACCUGACAGCUCUCGGUGACCUGCUGGGUACUGGCUUCUUGGCUCUGAGCUUCAGGCUGAUUGUGAUGAUCAGCUCUACUCAGACUGGACUUUGAUACAAAAACAUUGUCCUGCACAUCCUGAAUGCACUGCUCCCUGUGUGCAAAACGCCAAAACAAACUGAAAAGAAGGAACGAGAGGACAGAAGGUGUUAUUUCUACACUCAUUAUCAUGAAAAGAAGAAUUGCAUUUUAGCUAAGGAAAACAUAUUUAGUACGAGGGCACAGUUUCACUCAUUAGAUUUCUGAUUCUCUCCUCAUAAUUCGUUAAACUUUAAGAUCUGCUCUACAUUUCUGUUGACUAUGCAACAGCACAGCUGUUACCUCUUUUGCACGAACACAGUCUUUAGGCUGCAUCUACCAAUCAGUGGUGAAUUUCAUGUUGUAGUCUAGCCUGUAACCACCAAUUCAGUGGUUUCAUCUUUGGGCACAGCAAUUUGGUAGUACCAGCCUUCUGGCACCAAUCAAAGUCUGUUUUAGCUCUAGAUUGGAGACUUGCAUUGGGACCACACUGGUACAAAAGGGAUAUUUGUGUUCAGACAGACUGUCAACCCUUACAGUUACACACAAAGCAAUCUGUAGGCAGUAUUUGUCCAGCUGCCAUUGAAUUGUCUUUGUGAAGUUUCUGAUGAGGUCAGACGGAGCCUGAGUGGUCUGUAACAGACAGCUGGUACAUUAGCAUGUAGGGGAGAAUAAACACACCAGCCACACUGUCA